AUGACGAAGGUCGAGGACGCCAUUUUCCAUAUAUGGAAUAAGAAAAUCACUUCAACGCUGUGCUCUUCUUUUGGUUGUCUUCCUUUCUUUUCUUUUCUUUUCUUUCUUUCCUUUUUUUCUUUCCUUUUUGGACAUCACAGCUUCCCAACACAUCAACGUCUAUAUUCACGUAAGGAAACCAUUUAUACGAUGAUUGAGAAUUCGACAUUAUGUCCAGUCGGCGACUCACUGUCGAAUCGGCCAUAUACAAUAUCUGCCUGCCAGUCCCCCUCUCUCUGUCUUUCUCUCUCUCUCUCUCUCUCUCUCUCUCCCUAUCUAUGUACACACGGACGCAUAUACCUUACCAUCUUUUUCCAUUUUUAUUUCUUCUUCUUCUUCUUCUUCUCCUCCUCCCCCUUCUUCUUCUUCCUUCUCUUUUUUCUUCCUUUUCCUCUUCUUCUUUAUCUCCUGUCUAUGACAGUAUUAAUACAGAAACGAACGUCCACCUCGCCUUUCUUCUUUCUUUUUCUCUUCCUUCCCAUUCUCCUUCUUCUCUUUCUCCUUCUUCUUCUUCUACUUCUUCUUCAUCAUCAUCAUCGUCUUCUUCUUCUUCUUCUUCUUCUUCUACUUCUUCUUCUCCUCCUCCUCCUCCCCUUCUUCUUUUUCUUCUUCUCAUCCCCCUUCUUCUUCUUCUUCUUCUUCUUCUCAAGUCUAUGCGGAUUAAUGCAGGAACAGAAAACAGUACUUCUAUUUUUCGCCUCCUACUCCUUUUGCUUCUUCUUUUUUUCCUCAUCCUCCUCUUUUUUUUCUUCCUUUUCCUCUUCUUCUUUAUCUCCUGCCUUUGACUGUAUUAAUACAGAAACGAAUGUCCACCUUCUCGUCUGUUUUUCUUCUUCCUUUUCUCCUCCUUCUCAUUCUCCUUCUUCUUCUACUUCUUCUUCUCCUCCUCCUCCUCCCCUUCUUCUUUUUCUUCUUCUCAUCCCCCUUCUUCUUCUUCUUCUUCAUCUUCUUCUUUUUUCUCAACGGUUUUCUUCAAUUUUCUUUAUCUGCAACCUUCCUUCCAAUUCUCCUUUAAGUAUCUUUCUCAGCCUCCUCAUAUUUCCUCCUCUUCUUCUUCUUUCUUCUUCUUCUUCUUCUUUCUUCUUCUUCUAUCAUUAUUUUCCUUUUCCUUUUCUUUCGUUUCUUUACGUUCUCCCUCUAUAA